UGCGCGUUGCUCCGCCAGCUGCCGAGCGUUCGGUGCCACGUGAUAAAGCAGAGCUUGUGACUUCAGCGAGCAGGGGAGGGGAAAAGGAGCGAUACGGAGGGCGCAUGCGCAACAGGGAAAAGCCUUUCUGGCUCGGUUCUUUCGGCCCUGGCAGGGCGCUCGACAGGGACCGAUGCUUUCUGAGCAUGCGCACUAAGGACUGGCUCGGCUACAGUGUAUUCAUUCUACCCGCUUGCAGUUAGCAGAGCCUCCUGCCACGGGUUGAGAAUCCGAAGCGGGGAAACUACCUUUCCCGGCGUGCACGGCCCCCCGACUCCUGGAAGAGGCGGCGCUUCUCGCCUCCUUUGGCCGGCUGGGAAAUGAGGCCGGGCAGCUUCGGAGCGAUGGCAGAGGUGAGAGUCUUUCCCCUGGCCUGCGUGAUCCAGAACUACGCCUGGGGCAAGUCUGGCCGGGACAGCGAAGUGGCACGACUCUUGGCCAGCAGCGAACCCAUUAUGCGGAUUGAGUUGGAGAAGCCCUACGCGGAACUCUGGAUGGGCACGCAUCCCAAAGGCGACUCCCCCAUUCUGGACAACCGCAUCCCCCAGAAGACCUUAGGGCAGUGGAUUGCGGAGAAUCCUGGGUGUUUGGGUUCAAAGGUCAAAGAGAUGUUUCACGGGCAGCUGCCCUUCCUGUUCAAGGUGCUCUCGGUCAACACGGCCUUGUCCAUCCAGGCGCAUCCUAACAAGGAACUGGCGAUGAAGCUUCACGCCAAGCACCCAGAGAACUACCCCGACGCCAACCACAAGCCAGAGAUGGCCAUCGCCCUGUCCACCUUUGACGGUCUAUGCGGCUUCCGUCCUGUUGAAGAGAUUGUGACCUUUCUUCAAAAGAUUCCUGAAUUCCGAGCCCUGAUUGGGAAUGUGGCCGCCGAGCAGCUGGAGCGCAGCGUGAGGGACGACCCCCGGGGAGUGUCGGCCGCGCUGCGCGUCUGCUUCACCAGGAUGAUGAAGAGUGAGAAGAAAGUCUACACGGAGCAGCUCAGCCUGUUGGUGAAGCGGAUGACCGAGAAAGCUGCUUUAGGGGAAGACACUUCAGCCAGCCUCGGGGCCCUUCUUCUCCAGCUUCACUCGCAGUUCCCUGGAGACAUCGGCUGCUUCGCCAUCUAUUUCCUGAACCUGGUGAGAAUGAAGCCGGGAGAGUCCAUGUUCCUUGGAGCCAAUGAGCCGCACGCCUAUCUCUACGGAGACUGCAUUGAGUGCAUGGCCUGUUCGGACAACACGGUGCGGGCGGGCCUCACGCCCAAGUUCAUCGACGUCCACACCCUGUGCGAGAUGCUGAAUUACACUCCAGCCCCGAGCAGUUCCAAGGUGCUGACGCCCACCCAGAGCCGCUUGGACCCUUGCGUCUCCAUCUACGAUCCUCCAGUCCCAGAUUUUGCCGUCAUGAAAAUAGAGAUACCUUCCCCUGUCAAGCUGUACCUCGUUUCGGCCAUCGACUCCGCCAGCAUCCUGCUGGUGAUCAAGGGAACGGCUGUGGGCACCUCCACUGCCACCCCCUCAGAGAUGGCCCUCCGCCCGGGCAUCGUGCUCUUCAUCUCCGCUAACGAGAGCAUCUCCUUGCGGCUCUCUGCGUCAGACGGGAUGCUGAUGUUCCGAGCCUGUUGCCUUGUAUAACAUGGGAUGCUUUAACCCUCUGA